AUGAUCUCGUCAAUGACAAGUGGCGUGAAGCCCCAGUAUGAGGUCUUUCUUUGCGUUGUUGGCUAUCGUUUCCUUUGCUGUCCAGGUUUAUGCUCAAGUGGGCGCUCGAGCCUGCAACUGCCCAGCUACGCGAGUCCUGAGCGGGGGCAGGACUAUUUAUC